AUGCCUUUCUGCAAGCGCACUGUCCUGCCGAGGGAUUUGUGCAAGCCCGGCGUUGGAGUCAAGACGUCGGGAAUGUUUGCGGACCUGGCCGACGUGUGCGCCUUCACCCUGGCUUCAGUGCUCCGCCAACUCUCGGACCUGUCCCGACACUCGCUGGGCGUCCUGGAGGAGUUGGAGGGCGAGCUGGCGUCCGUCUGCCUCAGGUCCGGCGAGCUGGAGGGCAGACUGGGCCGACUGGUCGAGAUGCUCCGCAAGAGUCCCUCCACACACACAGCCACCGUCGGACUCGAGGUGGAGAGUGUCAGGCGCGGAGGCAGCAGCAGCAGCGACGGCGGCAACGGCAACCACCGUCACAACCACGCCGGAGGAGGACGGCGAGGGAGCUGCGACCACGGCAAUGGCGCGGCCCGCUUUAAGUCUCCAUGGCAACAGAGCGUGAACGUGUUUGGCUCGUGGAGCAGGCCCGAGUGUGUGGAAGAGCUGCACCAGCAGGCGCAGCUUAACCUCCAGAGCCUACUGCAAGAUUUCGAGGAGCAGCUGUGCGACGACAAGCCGGCAGGUCAGACAUUCCGACACCCGCCCUCGCAGAGCUCCGACGACACCUCCCUCGGCCGCCGCUCGCCCGUCUCCCCCGGCAACAAGCGCCCCGACUUCAUCUUUCUGCCGGCAUCCAAGCAGCUCUACGAGGAUGAGACAGCCACGUCAGUCUUCGGACUGAGGUCCCUGGCCAGCCCGUCCCCAUCGCCAUCUCCAUCGUCCUGCGAGUCGGAUCGCCCCCCGUUAGGCUGGAGUGCCAGACCGCCCGUCGCAGAGAAACCUCGCUGGCACCUUGGCAGACGCACGCCGGCUCAAAACGCAGCAGGUGAAGGAGGAGGAGCCGGAGAUAAAUUCCAUGGUGUGGACCUCCUUCAGCACUCGGCCUCCCCAUCCCCCUCUCCAGUGGCGCACUUCCACCAGCCCCGCUCCCUGGAGCCCGUCACGGACACCCCUCAGCAGAACCUGACCCUGAGGAAGAUUCACGCCAACCUUGACAGCACCUCACCCGCAGAUAUCUUUGUGGACCAACCGGGAACCAUGGACCACUCUGGCCUGGUCUGCUCCAACUCUAGCAACUGGAACGGACCGAAAGGCUCCACCUUCUCUCCCGGGGCUUGGACCGAGCCUUACAACUACAUCGCCAAGAAAGGGCCGGCGGUUCCGCCCAAACAGCACAGUGUCAUUGGGCAUACGGGGGUCGGGACGCAGGAAGGCCUGAUGCUCGUGAGCAACUCGACUAUGUCAGACAAUUCCGGGAGGCAGAGGAUGGAGAGGAGGAGAGAGACCGAGGGGGCCACGGCGGAUUUCGGGAGAGGCGGCGCCGUUGGGGCUGCCGAGGCCGGCAGGGGGAGGGGCAUGUCGGCGCGCUCGUUAGCUGCGGCUAACGCAUUCAAGUUCCGCGAACGUUCUCUCUCCACGCCCACAGACUCGGAUUCCUUUUGCUUCACUGAGAUUGGCACAGAUCAGCCGGAUGGGACUCUCACAGCCACAGGAAAUGGGAAUGUGACGUCUGCUGAGCACCAGUGGCAUCAUCAGAACUUUUUGGGUCUCGGUGACAACUACGCUCUCCUCUAUCCCAGGGGGAGCUCAGAAGAUAGCGCCAGUACGACCGACACAAUCUCCGUUUCCGCGUCGGACUACGGUGCCGAAGCACGCUUGUGCCUGCGCUCGCGGUCCAUCUCACUCAAGAAGUCCAAGCGCAAGCCGCCGCCUCCGGUGAGGAGCGUCUCUCUGAUGAAAAACCUCGGCCAGGCUGAGGGAAGGAUCCACCAUGAGGGCGGUCUGCAUCGCGACGGACGGCCAAAGAGCCUGCACAUUCCCAGGGACCACUUCCCCGACUUCCAGCCAGAUUUUCUCUUGCCCAGCUCCAGAUCCGGGGAGCUCGGCCCGGGAGGCUGUGACGGACCUCCAAACCUGCCAGAGCGGGAAGCAGAACCAACUUUGCCCUCACCCUGGCAAUUGGGAGAGUGGAAGAGCAGCGACCCCUACAGGUCUCUAUCGGGCUCGAGCACUGCGACGGGCACGACCGUGAUUGAAUGUAUGAAAGUGAGAGGCAGUUCCGAGUCGUUGCUCAACUCCCCUGCCGCCUCCAGGGCGACGUCACCGUCGCACCUCCUCACCGAAACGGCGGUCAAGCCCGUUUCCCCCUUCAAGCCCCCCGGACUCAUGUCCCCGUCGAGCGGCUAUUCCAGCCAGUCUGAAACUCCCACCCCUACCGUGCCGCUCAGUCAGGCAGCGGGUGGGGGGUCAGCGGGGUCGUCCGGCGGGUCGGGAUGUAAGAUGCGGCCAAAGAUUCCCGAGCGAAAAUCGUCACUACCGUCCCCGAAGGAUCCUGCCGCCAGGUACAGACUAUCCUUUGAGAUGCCGGGCAAUGCCCAUCUGGAGCUGUCGUCCAUCAAGCCAAAGCAAAAGGCGAGCAGACGGCAUUCAGACACGUCCACGGCGACAAAGCCUGGAAAAAUGAGCCCCGGUUCUUCGCAGGUUCUCCCCGUGGUCACCCAGAACGAAUUGAAAACAAUUCGGCUUCGUUCGGUCUCGCGAGGCGAUCUGGAGGACUGCCCGGACGGCGCCUCGGACACCAUCGAGGAAGAACAGCAGUGCAGAGACUUUGAAGACGACGACGCCAGCCCGCCCGCCACCCUACCCAAACCCAAGCCACCCGUCGCCGUCAAGCCCCCUCUGCCAAAACGCCCCCUCAACUUGCUUCUGAAGUCCCAGUCCUCUACCCCUCCUCUCGCCUUGGACUCACCCCCGGCAUCGCCCGUCGACCGUCCCGUGCCCCUGGGCAACAUUUACAAAGUCAUGAGGAAACCCAAAGCCAAAAAAGCUCAGUCACAAGGUCUCCCAAAUCCAACUGCGAUCCCCGAUUGUAAUUCCAUGUCCGGCGCACACGCCGCCUACACCCAGUGCCUCUUCGACCUGCCUCCCCUCCCGGAGCCCCAACCGCUUCUGGAAGACCCCAUGCUGGAGCCGGAAUUUGACCUUCAGCUCGGGCCAGAGGACGGAGGCUCCCUCCCUUCUCCUGGCAGUAACCAGGAGGCCCUGGAACUCCAAGACAAGAGCAAGACCCUUCCUUCAAGAAUGACAAUCUCCAGUCUGGCAGAGCUCUCUGACAAAAAGAAACUCAAGGUUCCUCCCCCCGUGCCCAAGAAGCCAAACGUCCUGCUCCUUCCUUCAUCAGCUAACAGCGGUCCAGACCGCCAAUCCACGCCGACUGACAGCCCACCGGGCGCGCCGUCUUUCGGGGACGCUUUUCCGCCAGACAACAUUAGCAUAAGUGCUGAAAUGUCAACACAGGAUGAGAAUCACUUGGGAGCGGACGCUUUGACGGAGUCUUCGCUUCAUGCUUCCCUGCUGGAAUCUUCCCAAGCGGAGCCGGAAGGGAAAAGUGCCGCCACGGGGACUGGGGCAGAUGACAAAACGGUGCUUCACAUCGUGGAGGAAACGGACGAGGACUUUGUGGCCGGCGCGCCUCCGACACACACCACUGAAGACCUGUUCACCAUCAUACACAGAUCCAAGCGAAAAGUUCUGGGUCGUAAGGAGCCUUCCGACUCCUUCGGAAGCCGCCAGAGUCUGACCUCCCCCGUCAAGCAGAUGAACCUCCAGCGGUCCAGCUCCCGCAACGAGAACUUCAUGGCCCUGCUUCAGAAGAAGGGCAGCAAGUCUUCCAGCGCGGGGGCCAGGGUGUCCGCUGCUGAGCUUCUCAAAAGCACAAAUCCUCUGGCGCGACGUGUCACGGAGCUUUCUGGCGACGGUGGCGAAAUUCAAGGCAAAGUUGGUGAUCAGUGAGGACGCUCCAGUCUUGAUAAGCUAGCGGCUAAUGGCUUUGCUCCAACCACUGGCUGACCAUUUGCGUCGUCCAAUCGCGUCAUUUUGAACCAAAUGGUCCCUGGCUUGGUUGGAGUCGGAGUGUUCCUCAUUGAAGCUCUGGGAGGGUUUGCAAGAGCAGAGACGGGAAUCCCGCGACUUGGUCGGUGGGAAUGUCAGACGUAAAAAGUAUGUAAAAACACCAGAAGGGUAAACAUUUAUUCUUUUCUCCUGGAUGACAGCAACGAGCCCUGAUGAAGAUCUUGAUGAUGAAGAGUCAUGUGAUUUCAGGAACUCGUGUAGUAAUAAUCCAUCUGACCUGUCCACAUGUCAAAUUCUGGUUCAGAUGCUCCACAAAUGGAUUCAACGUCAGGCGGCAAUUGCCCCCCCACCCCUCCAUCGUCGCCUCCCCAACUUGUUUGGUGUCUUUUGUGCCAGUAGGACGUACACAUUCACUAUUAUGUACGUGUUGUGUAUCCAAAGAACAACAAACAAGACACUGCCCGUGUGAUGGAGAACACAAAAAUGUCUGCACAAGCUUGUGUGUGUUGGCAUGAGUAUGCGUGCGCACAAAUCUUCUCCCUCAUCAUCGUCAUUAUCCUCAUCAUGCCUGCGGAAUUUCUGCAUGGAGAGCAUGAAGCAGGUCUCGGGAGGUUUCCCUCUCGUUUUGGUUUCCGGUGACGGGAGCGAACGUGUGUGUGCGCCCGCGAGAGUGUUUGUGUGUCAGCGCGCCGCCAUUGGCCGCCCUGGUGCGUGACGUCACUUCCGGACCCCGCCGUUCCCAUUGACCUUCCCCUCGUCUACACCAGCUGAAUGUCAACAAGCGAGCGGCCACAAAAAGACGUUUAUUCGUUUGAAACUGCCUUUCCGCGCUGGACCUCAGGAAGGAUCAGGAUGACGAACGGGGACACGCGAAGGUCGGCUCACGGGGUAGACUUUUUUUUUUUUUUUGGGCCACUGUGUCAGCUUGCCCUCUGGUGGCGGGAGGUUGCGACGCGCACUCUUGGUCACCGUCACGUCAAAACGCAUCGCUGCUUCUGACCACUCAUCAAGUGAUGCUUUCUUUUUGAAAAUGAUGAAAAAGAGUACUUAACAAGUUUGUUUAUCUUGCAUCACAACGUUUGGCUGCCUUACUGCAGCACCAUGCCAUCUAUUUGAGAUCUGGAUUUUUUUUGGGGUGUGCAGGGGUUGCAGCCAUGUUGACAAACUUUCAAAGGUCAGGAAAGAUUGCCAUUGAUUCAUUUGCUUGAUAUCCACUAAGUGGGCCGUGUAAAAAAAAAAAAAGCCUCUCUUUACUUUGUGUGUGUGCGCGAUG